UUUUGAAGACCGAGCCAGCUGUUUCUUGUUCCCCUCCAUAAUUGACGGCUUUGCACUCCGCAGAUAAAGCCCAACCGUAGCUAUAGAUCUUGCUUUUGCGCUACGAGUGGCACGUAGAAUGUGAAUGAAGCCCCGGGCCGAGCAUUCUGUGUGCUGCCCGCAUGAGGGUAUCCAUCUUGCUGGCCGGCCUAUCGUAGCGAUAUCCCUGCAACUCUUUUCCCAAAGCCGAUGCGGUCAAGAAGCAGCCGACCACGCAUGCCUUCUCGGAGGUUGCAGGGCGUGUUUUCCUUUUUCAUGUUGCACUGAAGGCAUGUUGCAAUCCAUUGUACGCUUCUCCGAGGAUGCCGCAGCGCUCGAGAAGACACUCCGCUGCCUUCAAGGUUUCGUGACCAUUGCCGUCGGUCUCGCGCAGUCACAGGAGGAUAUCGACUUCUGGCUGAAGCUGAGGGGCCAAUUCGCGUUGGGGAGACGGUACUUUCGACUACUGAAAUGGCAUCCGUGCUGGAAGAACGCGUCGUCUGCUGCCGGGAAUCCCGAUUUUGGAAGCCUGAGGCGAACAUUGGAAGUUAUCAAGUUCGGCUUUUUGGGCAUGUACUUCUUCCUUGAAAUGUUCACCAUUACCAAUGCUCUGGGAGCUACGAGCUAUGAAUGGGGGCCGAAAGUGCAAAUGGAAGCGAACAAAUGCUGGUUCUACUCCAUCUCCGUGUCCAUCUUCUUGUGCCUCUACACGUGGCUAAUGCCAAAGCCUUUGCCGGAGCAGAGCAAUGGCAAAGCUGAGCAUGGUCCAAGAGGCGAGAAAGCAGACACUGCGACUUCGGACACACCGACUGCAGCGAGUACAGCCAAGACUGCAAAGUCAUGGGCACCGAAUCCGAAGAUUAGGACCCAGCUACUGAUUGAUUUCUCCGACCUAGUAGUCCCAGGUGCUGCUGUUGGCUGGAUACCUGUUGGACUCAUCACCGUUGGCAUUGCGAGCACAGUAUCCACCUUAACGACUGGGCGUCAAAUCUGGAAUCGCGUUCAACAAAGUGCGAUUCAGCCAUGAUUACCCUACAACGAUAGACAUUAGAGCUAUAGAUUCACGAACCGACCGCAAUCAACCUCAUCAUUCAGCCCGAAACUCUUGGCAAAAGACUUCGUGGCGCUCCUAGGAACGCAAGUCCAUCACUGGUAUGCGUACGGAGCAAGCUUAUAUUUGGACAGAGUCGCACCACAAUGGCCAAAAACCAUAUUUGCGUUUGUCCUCUGGUUCCAAAUUAGCUAUUGCGUCAGCAUCUCUA